UUCAGAUGAAGAAAAGCAUACAGUCUUUAGCUGCUAUAUAAAAAUAAAUCAGACUUUACCAUACAUUAAACCAAGUCAGUCAUAGUUAACUCACCGUAGAGUUGGUAUUAGGCCACUGCUUCCUAUAAGUACCUUUCAAACUCUGCUGAACUUAUGUAUACUUUAGUUAGCUUUGGCAGAGCCUUAUAAAAGCAAGUCUGUUCCUACCUAACCAUCCCCCAUUGCCCUGUGUCUUCUCCCCCCACCCAUAAGGGCGUAAGGUGACAGAACUGCUGAAGCGUUGUAUAGUUUGAGCUCUUUUGCUUUCUUACAUUUACUAUGUAUGGGUGUCGAUUUCUCUGUGCAGGAAGAAGGGGAUCUGGAGCUAGUGUGGAGCUAUAUUUUCAGCUUCCUGAAGCAUGAACCGCCAGCUUAGGGUCUCACGCAAACUCUGUGUGGGGUGCUAACACUGCAAUUUGUGGGUGGGGAUGUUCUGUACGGAAAGGCAGAAGUGUGGGGUUGGGAUCCGUUGUCAAAGCCCUCCACUGAUGUAGGUCACUUGCUCAGCUGCAUCUGCUGGCAAUCUGAUUUGGUGAUUCUCUGCAGCAGCAGUGCAUGCAUUUGGGUUUUUGAGAUGAGAAUUGAGGGGAGAAACAAAAAGAAACUGAGAGAGAGGUUGUUUUCUGCUGUGUGCCAGAACCUAGGUUGCCUCCCAGGCUUUUAUAUUUUAUAGUGAGAUGUUUGAUACCUUACUGUCUAAUAAAUCUGUAUAUGGAGGAUCCGGGCCUGUGCUCUUCCAGGCGUGGCUGCGGGAUGAAAAGGAUCAUUCAGUGGACAGUCAUGGGGGAAGGGUUGGCUUGGUGGUUUCGAACAGAGAGGAUCUUACUGUGUCAGUGGUGUCUACUCAAGGAGAGCGCCCCUUUCCCUGCACCUGGCCUGACUGCAUUAAGAAGUUUGCUCGCUCUGAUGAGCUGGCACGGCACUAUCGCACCCACACGGGCGAGAAGAAGUUCGGCUGCCCCCUGUGCGACAAACGUUUCAUGCGGAGCGACCACCUGAUGAAACACGCACGCCGUCAUUCCGACUUCCAGCCGGCCAUGCUGAAGAGGCAGCACGGCGGUGGCAAUGCCACUGUCUCAAGCAGCACGCGUCCCGGCUCCCUCAGCGAUUACAGUCGAUCCGACGCCUCAAGCCCCACCCUCAGCCCAGCCAACUCGCCUUAACCUGGCCGCACUUUCUUCUCAUUUUUUUAUUCCUCUCUAUCCAUAAUUUUUUCCCUAAAAAAUUACCGGCGUAAUAAGCGCCCAUGCUAAACCCGUCGCUUGCUGUGGUGUACUGUACUGUACAUAACUGCUUCUUGUAGUGCAAUUUUCUUGUGCAACCCCUAAAAGAGAAAAAAACACAAAAAAGAAAAUGCCUUUUCCACAUGGCAAUAUUUACAUGAUGUACCAUAUGUCUGUAUUUUUAUAGCUUCUGGCCACAGCCUCUUUCCAUUAUGGGUUUUUUGUUGCCGUUUCUUUCAUAUACAACCGCUCUGUUCAAGUGAACUAAAAAGUUGAAAGGUUUGACAGGUAAAGAUGUUUUUUUUUAUUUAAAACGGAUGAGGGAGAGGGGCACAUACACCUCAGGAUUCAGAACAGUUUUUUUCUCCUUUAAUACUCACAUUGACUGCACAAUACAAGCAUCACUUUACUCCGAAAUUCAACAGAGGUUGAAUUUUGCGCCCUGCUCAGGGAUGGCCUCGUUAGCUUGAAAGAAUGAACAUGAUGAAGAUAAACAUACGUUAAGAAACAGCCUUACACUUGGACAAAAGGAAACUUUGCACUCUUUUUUUUUUUGAGUUGGUUUGUUUGUUUUCACAUCAGGGGAAGCAAAUUCUGGGUUUUAACAGUUAUUCAUACUUUUUAUUAAUAUUAUUAUUAUUUUUUCAAUCAGUCUUUUAACGAGAGUGGCAGAACUGCUCACCAGAUACAAAGGGUUGGGGGGGGUAAUUCUGUCUUGAGACUGGAAAUGACUUUAUUUUCAACAUCGCUAUCUCCCGCUAACCUUGUAGGCACACAGAGCUCUGUUGGCCUGGGUCCAUGUUUCAAAGGGAAUCCUCUCAAUAUAGCUUGAAUGUCAUUAUCAGUCCACUUUUACAUGCUUGAGCCACCCAAUGAGGAGAACAGACAGCACCACUUCUCUCAGUGGACUAAACUAAACUCCCCUUGAAAAUUUGGAGGCUAAACUUUCAAAGCAGCUGUUUCCUCAAUAAAAACAGCACAUUCAUCAACUUCAGGGUUUUUCACUACAGUACGACACAUUCAAAGGGACUUGUCUGGACGUACGCCUACUUCAGACUCAAAUAAAGACAAAAAGCACAUGAGCAGAAUCCACCAAAGGCCAAGGUGUGAACGUUUGUAUUCUACCCAGAGGAAGAAGGGAGGGGAGGGAUGUUGGCAUUCUCUCAGGUAACAGCAGAAGUCCUGGCCCUCUGCCCUCUGCAGAGCUCCAUCUGCAGAGGCCUUCCUCUUAGAAAACUGCAUCAUCCUACACAGGGCUAUUCAUAGCACACUAGCCAGGGAGACAAGAGCCAUUAUAGUGGAGCUUUACGCACUCUGCCUCGCUCACUCUAUCUGAAAAGGAGUGGGCGUAUGAGAGAAAUAGAUGGAGGGCCAAAGCAAAUGUUUGAAAGAAAUAGAUAUCAAAUCCACACACCGUGUCAUGACCAGGUGCCAUGUAACAAAUAUUGAAGUGACAAUAUUGCAGCCAUAUUUGAAGCUUAAUAUAUGGCUGUGUGAAGCUGCAAUUUGGACCAGUGAGAUUGCACUGUGGGCAGAGUUGCACAGCAAAACAAACACAAUUCAAAACCAUGUGGUUGACAAAAUGUCUUGUCAGUUAUCACUUGCCAUUGCACCUGGUUAAGACUAGUGGUUGACCGAUGUGCAUCUCUCAGUGACUGAUGUAAUACCGAUAUUUACAAAAUAAAAUUUAAUGACAGAAAAUGUUAAAAAUGUUUACAAUUUUUUUCUUAAUUUUAACAUUAUAGUUGAAUAAUUAAUCGGCUAUAUCAGUUGUUGGCCGAUACUUGUAAUCUCAAAAUGGAUAAAUAUUGGCUUAAAUAAUCGGAGUGGACCACAUUUUCCAAAGGCAUUGUAAGCGUAAUUAUAUCUUAGAGAUCAUUGGUGCUUGUGAUGCUUUUUGGAUACAUAGCCCUAAACAAAAUAUCUCUCAGUAAGAUACUGUUAUCGGCCAAUACCGAUAAUCACAAAAUUACCAAUUAAUCGGCCUGGCUGAUAUGUUGGUCUGUCAGACAGUGUUAUCGGCUGAUAUGUUUUUUUGUUUUUUUUCCAAUGGCCAGAUAUCAGCAGAUUAACCGGCAUUGCCGAUAUAUCGGUCGAUCACUAGUUAGGGCACAGAUUUUCAACUCAUUGAGAACUAGAUUGUCAGAGUUUGUAUCAUCACGGCUGUUUCACUAUGUGAUGAGAGCAACAGGCCUCCAUGAGAACAAAGAGCACUAUCUACAGGAGGCAGGAAAGAGGGGGUUGACCCAUAGCGAGACAGAUAAAGACUGAGGCUUUAUCAGGAGCUGAGCACUCCAGCAGAAGAAACACCCAGUCAGCUUCCUCUCUCUCACACGGAAACCUCCCUCCCCUCUGCACUACUCCCCACUCACCCGCCAACAGCAUCCCACAAUGCAUUGCAGGAGCUUAAAGAGGGAAAAUGGCCUCGUCUGAUUGGAUAGCAUCCAAGCAGCUGGCCGGGGGGAUUGUAAUAGAGGAAGUUGAAGCCCAAAUCAUAACGGCUCACAGACAAUAAGCAUGAUAUGCUAUCAAAUCAUAGUUGAACAUGUUGGGAAUUUUCAAAUGAGAUGUUAUCAGUAUUUUUUUUCCCCUCAGUUUGGCACUGUCGACGACUUCUCAGACAAGAUCAGUCGCUCUUUAAAUGACUGUACUUUUUCACAAGCACAGGUAAACACUCGCGCAUCCUUUUUUUGUUUUACUGUUGCGGACCACUGAUUUGUCAGUGUGACCACUCAUUACCUCACUGAACAGCUGCUUUCAAACUUGACUCUCCUUAAAAAGGGGGCUUUAGGCAUUACUACUCGAUUUGUACAUAAUCAUACAUAUCAAGUGAACAAUGAAUUUGCCGUCCUUUGUCGCUUCAGCCUGCGAGGAUGAAGGGUUACCAUGAGAAACUGUCGACCGGGCCUUACUCGCUCAGGCGAAAGGCAUACAAGACCCUCCAGGAACUGAGGCACCGCUAUCAAAACUACUGUGGCACUGCUUCAUCCGCUGUCUCACUUUCCCAUACGCGCGAUGUUCCUAAAGUGACACUUUAAUAUUAAUUUAGCAAGCUUUCUGUGACAGUUUUUCACUUUAUAUUCAUAAGCUCAUUAUUCAACACCAGCCAUCUUGUCUCGUCUCAUAUUAUCUUGCACAUAUUCCUUGCCCACCCUCCAUGCCCAGUGCGGGGAAACCAGCAUCAGAGUUGCCCAGCUGGACGAGCGCUCCGGGGCUUGAGGAGCAGGUGGGGAGGCCUGUGAAUGCCAGGCCUUGUCCCCCCUUUAUCCUCCCUAACAGCCCCCAUCCCCCUCCCAGGGGCCUCUCCCAUAGCCCUCAAAAAACCCUCCACAUAAUCCCGGCUUUCAGCUAAAGAAAACAGCCCUAAUCAAAAUAAACAGUGCCAUGGCGGCAUUAUUUCUUAUUAUUGCAAUAAACCCACACGUAAAGCCGCCUAGCUGUGGUCGGCACCCUCCUCUGACCCUUCUAAGUCAUUUCAGAUUUCUACUCCAGAAUUUCGCACGUCAGCUUUACUUCCAAUGCAAGCUGGCCAUGAAUGUUCACUGUGUGCAAGAAACUCAUUUGUAGACGUUUUAUAUAAGUUUCUGUUCAACCGCCUUUGAAUGUAUCUGCAAAUACUCCCAACUGCUGGUCAGGAGAGGGUAUUUCAGGGCAGAAUAAGGUCGGUCUGAACCAACGUCCACUGCAUUAGUACUUCUCAAACUUGGUAAAACAUGUUCAAUGAACCUUGAAAACCCGAAACCUGCAGGCAACACAAGUCUCUUGCAUUUGUGUACUGGUUAGAUAGAGUAUACACAACUAAAUAUAUAUAUUUUUCCUUGUAAUAUUUACUGAAAAUGUAUUUUCUCAAUGCAAAUUCACUCAGCCCGGGUUAGUGUGAAUUACAUGUAAAAAUGAAUACAUG